CCCCAUCUCAGCGAAGCACAGCUCUCCUCCCAGAUCCCACCAUUUCCUUCUCCAAGAGCUCGGACCAGCCACCCCCCGCGGUGAUCUAAUCCUCCUCCCAGAUCCCCCAUCUCCCGAGCGUGUCCCCGCAUCCUCGUCCAGGAUGCAUGCCAGCUCUUGUUUACGCACCGGAGUGUCCGUCGAGCGAAGUCGGCCAUCUCCCGCAUGCUCGACCCAGAGUGGGCUCGACCCCCGCGGCGUUCUGCAGCAGGGACUGGGCUCGAUCCCGCUUCGAUUCGAUUCAGGGAGAGGUGCCAGAUCCCGUCACCGCUGACUAAGGUUUUGCACAUGGAUAGAAAUGACUACUAUGGAGGAGAUUCCACCUCCCUCAACUUGAACCAGCUCUGGAAGGAGUUUAGGGGGGAAGAUAAACCACCGGCGCAUUUAGGCGCCAGCAGAGACUACAAUGUAGACAUGGUUCCAAAGGAUUUGCUAGCGGUGAUCCAGAGAGAGAUGGCAAUGCAAUCCGUAUAUUCCUUGAAGAUGGACACCAAAUUGGAUGUGCUCAGUCAUAUGCAAAGAACAUGGGUCUUUAUGGACAGAGAGCGGGAUGUCCGAGGUCUUCGAAGCUUGUGGCCCCUGUCACGUGGUUUAGGAGGACUCGAAGAUAGUAUCGUUCUCCUUCAGCCGGGUGUGCCGAUACUAUCCUGCCGACCUCGAAUACAGUGACUCGCUUCCUCUGUUUCCAAAACUUCCCUUGACUUUGCCAAGUAUAAUGUUCUGGAAACUCUCUAUAUAGUAUGCCUCGUGCUUUCUCAUAUAAGCUGUUUGCUUCAAAGUAUGCAGUCAACAUUGAUCUUUCCGUGCCUUCACGGUCGAUAACAUUCUGUAUUUUUUCCAUGCUAUGAUAUGAAACCAUGUGCAUGUUUGGGAGAUGUAGCUGAAGUUGCAGGA